AUGGCUUCUCAACCGUCCAUGAGUGCUGUAUGCUUGCCGCUGGGACGAUAUCUCGAUAAGAUCGAAUUAGCGCGCAGGCGGUUGAUUCUCAAAUAUAAAGUCGCUCGUGCUCUUCGCAAGGCUGAACAAAAAUUCCGCAAGGCCAACCCAACCUAUGACGAAACUCUUCGAUUGGACCAUAUCCGCCAGAUCGACUAUCCAGUGUUGGAUAAAGAAAACCGCAUCUAUCUGGACUAUGCCGGGUCCGGGAUUCACGGCGAAUCACAGCUGCAGCGACACUUCGAACUUCUUCGCAGCAACGUCUUUGGCAAUCCUCAUUCGAUCAAUCCGACGUCGAGUGCCAUCACCCGUCUCGACGAGCAGGCCAGAGCCCGAGUGCUGUCCUUCUUCCGAGCAGAUCCGGCGGAAUACAUAGUUAUCUUUACUAUCAACUCUUCCAAUGCGCUCAAGCUGAUCGGAGAAGCUUAUCCAUUCGCUGAAGGAGGUGAACUGCUACUGCUGAACGACAACCAACAUGCUGUACUCGGCUUGCGUGACUUUGCAAAGGGACGGGGCGCGGCUGUUUCGUAUGUGCCCGUGAAACAGCCCGAGUUACGGUGCGACGAAGCCGCCGUCAAGUCGGCCCUGGCCCGUAAGGAAAGCAGCGAUGAUACUCCUGCUCGUCUCUUCGCGUAUACCGCCCAGUCGAACUUUACCGGUGUCCAGCAUCCUCUAGAGUGGGUUGCAGCAGCUCAGGAACAGGGAUGGCAUGUCUUAUUAGACGCGGACAAUUAUGCUCCCACAAAUAAACUGGAUCUCACCCGCUGGCACCCUGACUUUGUGACCGUGUCGUUUUACAAGAUGUUCGGCCAUCCGUCCAGCGUUGGAGCGGUGCUGGCUCGCAGGGAGGCCUUUGCCAAACUCGGCCGUCCGUGGUUUGCUGGAGGCACCGUCUGGGGCAGUUCGGUCCAGGCCAACGGACAUAUGUUGCUGGCAGACAACGAGGGCUUCGAGGAUGGAACUAUUAACUUCCUCUCCCUCCCUGCAAUCCGUAUCGGCCUCAAUCAUAUAGCCGGGAUCGGUAUGGAAGCCAUCCACACCCGCGUUUCAUGCCUUACCAAAUGGCUGCUUAACGAGCUCCAUGGUCUAAGCCAUACCAACGGCGAAGCCCUGGUGGUCGUCUAUGGCCCACAGACAACCGAGCUGCCUCGUGGAGGUACUAUUGCUCUUAACUUCGUCGAUAUGAAGGGCUGUCUCAUUAAUGAAGCAACGGUGGCACGAAGAGCCUCUGCCUUCAACGUCUCGUUGCAUGCAGGCUCUGUCUUCCAGCCAGGUGCAGGAGAAGCUCCCGUCUCAGACUCUGAUGCGUCGGACGCCAUACAAAAGACAUCCGUUGAGAGUGUAGAUGAAAGCCGAAUGAUGGAGAAGAGGAGAGAAAGCGAGGCCUCCCUGAGUGAUAUCGGCCUUCCGAAUGGCGGCUUUGUUCGCAUCUCCCUUGGUCUGGUGUCCAAUUUCGCCGAUGCUUUCAAGUUCGUUCAAUUUGCCUCUACUUUCCUUAAUAACGUCGCCGUCGAUGAUGCUCUUUUUCCCUGA